AUGAGGCACAGAGGGGCUGAGAGGCAAAGAGGGGUCCACGUGGUGCACGUGUCAGCGCCUACGUCAGGUCGGGUGCUGGUGAUGUUGAGGGGGUCACCGCCGUCUGGGGGGCGGGUAGCCCUGCUGCUGCACUCGUCCCUCCGUCAGGGCGCUGUCUUCACCGUCACCGCUCCUCAGCACACGGCGCUCAAGCCCCCCGUUGUGCUCGUGAGCGGUGCAGACCGCGUACAGGGCGCAGGCCCGCACGUAGAGCGCCACCGCCACGCGUUCCCCACGCAGCAACUCAUCGCCGCGGCCUACACGCAACUCGGCUUCGUCACCUCGUACACGCGCAUGCGUAAAGCUACGCGUGUCAUCAUACGCCUUGAUGCCGUGUCAGAGAACGGCAACCUGACGCAGAGCUGCGACACGAGCGUCCAGCAGACAAGUCCUGUGGCCUCCUGCUACGUCACCAGACCAGUGCCCCUGGCUGGUUGCUACCACCACACCAACAUGUUCCACAGCGGCGUUCACAUCAUCGCUGUGGACGGAAGUCAGCCCGCGGUGACGGUGGAGGUGGUGGGGGGCGGUGGCGACCCCCACCCCGCGUCGCCCCCCACCAGGAAAGAGAACCUCACCCUGGUGCUGGCCUCCCCCCUCCCCUCCACCACCUGGACCCUCACCACCGCGGGGCUGCGUGGGGCUAUCACCGUGGUCCUUGGUCCAGAAGAUGCAGAGCUUGUGGAGGAGACCAAAGUUGACGCGGGUGUGGAGGUGGCCGUAGAGCGGCAGCGACUUCCCUCUUCAUUUGACCAGCUCUUGAUGCACGUCUUGAACAACAUCGGCCCCUUCAACUGGUAUGCCUCCUCUUCAGCCUCCCGUAUACGCCUCACCAUCUCGCCUGUUCCCGAGCUGGACGAGCUGGUGCAGAAAUGGCUGGUGGUGGAGUGUCCACCCCGGCACAUGAUCGCAUCACUACCACGAUGGGUGAUGGACAAAGUAACAGAGGCAUUAGGUGGCCGCCUUGUGAUGGCCAUGACCGACCAUCCUGAGUGCCACAGCAAGAACAACGGCACGCACCUCGUCCUGGACGCCCGUCUCAACGGCUGCGGCUUCUGGAAGCAAAUGCGACGCCAGAAAGGCCUUUUUGUUAAUGAGGUGACGAUGCAGACGGUGUCAUCGGUGUACUCAGACGACGAUGAGCUGGCGGGCAGCGGCUCAGGAAUUGACGAAGGAGACGACGACGAAGAUCUUGACCAAGACCAGCGCUUCAGGGUCACCAGCCUCGUCUCUGUCAAGGUUGACUGCCCGGCCCCCGUAGCGCUGCCGGAGAGCACUCUAGUCUCCCUGCCAACCGUCCCGCGCCCCAACGUUACCAAGGGCAACGUCACUCCAACGCCUUCGUCUGUCUCUAAGCUGGAGCCCGUGCCGUACGUGCUGAACGUGGAGCGCAUUCCUAAUGUGGUGGACGCCUCUAGGGUGUGGGUACGCUUCAGGGCCACCGCCUCUGCUGCCUCAGAAAUAGAAGCAUGGGUACGGCUGGUGCUGGAGCACUGUUGGGUGUCAGGUAAACGUGAACCAGAACGCCCUCAGCUGACGCUCGUACGCAAGUCUUGUAGCGUCAACACCACCGUCACCAUGCUGCCUCGACAGUAUCAUCACUCUUCUUCGUUCACUUUUGGAGUAGACGAGCAUCAGCAGCAAGUGUUCCUGCACUGCAAGGUGGGCAUCUGCUCCACGGACCCUGACCUCGCCAAGGAGUACAACCUGCAACAGUGCCGCGAGCCGAGCCUGUACUGCCACAAGCUCGACGUGCGGCCGAUCUUCUUCAGCUUCACCCCGGCGUCGCAGCUCAAGUCGCUCGUGUCGGGCCCUCUGCCCAUGCAUGAGGACCUUGCAGGUGCCAUGGAUGAGGAUGGCUCAGCCAUUAAGAGCGCAGCAGCGCCGAGCUCCGGCCAGCAGCCGUUGACGGUCAUCCAGGGCGUGGCCACGGAGAUCGUCAUCGGCAUCUCCAUCUCAUCCUUCCUUAUUGGCGUGUGUCUUACGGGCGUCCUGUGGCUCAUCCACGUGCAUACAGACCCGCGUCGGCAACAUAGACCUGAGCCGGCGGCGCCCCGCAACUCUGGCUACGACCUCUCAGCAAACUCCGGCUCUACGACUCCGUCCUCACAGGCUCCCAUGACUGCAUGACGGUUCCCGCGCCGGCUCCAGCUGCUUAUGCUUCAGCGAGUCUUGAUCCUGCAUCAUCAACAUCAACAUCAACAACAUCUUCAACAACCGAAUCAUCAACAUUACCAUCAUCAUUCGCCCGAAGACGCGCAGCCUGGAGCCUCUUCAGGAAACUUUAUAAAUGACGAGUCUUCCAUGAAUGGGAAAUUCAAACGCGAGGCUCAGAAGUUUCAUCCCCGGGGAAAGUGGACGGGGAAAUGUGGAGGUAAAAACUCUAAAAAGUUCCUCAACAGCAGGAAAAAUAAUAUGAAAGAGAUCUUCUGUCGCAAGAAAGGCAGCAAGUUCAUGCCCGAUGGAACUUUCCGACGUGAAGACCAAUUCGAAAAUCGAUUUGAAGUCAGCACACCUAAUGACGUCGUCAGAAUUGAGCUGGAGAAUGUGACAAAGUUUCACCUCCGCAAUCGUGAAUAUUUUAUGCCUAAAGACAGUCACUGCUCAGAGGCGGUCCAAACUGUUGAAUCUCACUUCGGAAAAACGGGGGCCAAAAGAGGCCACGAACAAAUGGAUUUAAACACAUCAUUCAAGAAAAAGCGUCAGGUCUCGCAGUGCUACACGCCUCCCAGCAUCACGGUGUUUAGCAUCGCUGAUGCCAAGAAAGACCUGAACUUGUGUCCUAAACAGCAGCUUGGCCGCCAGUGCAGUGAAAAUCUUAGUUCAAGGCAGACAAAACUGGGAUCAGGAUCCCUCUCAAGGCAUUCCUACCCCUUCGAAGGACAAGAUAAGAAACUUGCCAUGCCGGAAAGUAAUGAAAAGAACAAAAUUAUAAGAAAUACGGGUCAACGCAGUGGAAAGAAUAUAGGUGCAGAGCUGGAUAAGAGUGGACGUGAUCUUGCACCGAAACUAAAAGCAAAAAUUUCAUUAAGUAACGAAAUUAAAAGAUGUGACACUAAUCCAGAUGGCAGCUCCUGCACUAAUGAUUUUUUGGUCGCUAACUUGGGUGGUGGAAAUGAUAGUGAGAACGAAACUAUUGAAAUGAUGGAACGUAAGCAACCGCAUGUGAAUGCAAGCGGUCACAGUAAACAAGGAAAAGACAAUGCCAUGUCUGAACACGAGGCAUUAUUACCCCCAAUAAAAGCUCCCGAAAUUAAACUCUCGAGUUCUGAUCUCAGUAAAAAGUCUCAAGAUUGUGCGGCCCACGGAGGUUCAUCGUCUCAGCCAUUAAUUUGGUCUAGGAGAGGCAAGCUAGAUAAUGCACCUUGCAUUGCUCUAGAAUACUAGCAUAUUCUUUCAAGAAUAUACAUUCUCUAGAAUACAUUUUGCUGCAUUUUUUGAGUCGACGAACACGUGCUGAAAACGUUUGAAUUCUAAAAAGUCCCAACUCGAAAUAUUUUUUUGAAUUCUAAAAAAUUAAACUUCUUGUCCAACACUUGAAUCUUCGUAUUUUAUGUUUAUUGGAUUCCGCCCCUAGUGUUGAGAGAUCUUCGUGCACUCACAAAUUAAUAUUGUUUUAUUAGCGUGAAGAAAACGAUACAUUUUGUCUCAUUUGCUAUCUGAUUACAAAGAUUUUUAAAUACACGAUUACAUAACAAAUUAUGGUUGCUGCGCUCUGGGUGCUGUUUGAAGUAAUUAAUUUUGCAGCAUAGCGCACGGUAUUUAUUGAACUUAAAACAAACGUUUUAGAAAUUUUGCUACUAUCCUUUUCGAAUUUAUCGAAAAUCCUUUUUCUGAGCACAUGUAAAUUAUUUAGGAUUUAUUUAAAGUUUCCGCGGGGGAGUGUCGUGCGAGUGUUGCAGUCUCAGCUUGCGACGUUUUUAGUUCGUGCCUUCGUAUGACGGCCAGGGGCCAUACUUUCAAAACUCAC